AUGUCAAACAUCAUUUUCCGAGAAAGCACAUGGUCUGAGUCAAAGAAAGUGGUUUCCUUUCACAUCACUCUCAGUUCCAAUCUUGUGUUUCUCUUCUUCACUUCACAAACCACUCCAGCCAAGGGUUUCCGAUCAAAGAAUCAAGAACCCUCCAAAUAUUCCGAGAAUGUCAACCCUAACAGUAAUACCACUCCAUUUUCCAAACCCUUAUCCAAUCCUUGUGGUUCUUCUUCUUCUCCUUCUUCUUCACCUGUUGUGAAGAAAUCGUGUUCCAAGUCACAGAAGAAGCCACAAUCCUCGGCAGCAAAGGAGGGUGUUGUGAAUUCUGUGAAUUCCGUUCAGAAGAACAAGAUCAGGCAGAGGAAGUUCGUUGUUGCAAAGAAGAAUAAGAACAAGAAGUUCGAAGGGAGUGGUGGUGAUGGUGAUCAGGGUUCAAACUCAACGCUGUCGUUUUGUAAGUGCAAAGAGAGCAACAAGAACAACAAGUGUCUCUGUGUGGCUUACCAGAAUCUCAGGAAGUCACAGGAAGAGUUCUUCAAGAACAAGCAAGCACAAGAACAAGAGCAAGAUCAAGAAGAUGGAGCUGCUGAGAUUGAGAGAGUGAUCAUUGAAGAAGAACAACGACAACAACAAGAAGCCAUAGGAGAGGAUUGUGGUGGAUAG